AUGCUUUCAUUCAAACUUGUUCUAAGCUUUGUGAUUGCUGCUACAGCCUCCCCAAUCCUUCACUUGAGUCAAUUGCUCCCACGUCAGGAUAUUGAGACACCAAUAAAUGGAUCCUUGCCGAACGUGACCAUCUUCGCCACGGGCGGCACAAUCGCAAGUCAAGGAACCUCGAAUACACAGACAACAGGGUAUAGCGUCGGACUAGGAGUGCAACAACUUGUCGAUGCGGUGCCUGAAAUCUUGAGCUUCGCGAACAUUCGUGGCUACCAGGUAUCGAACGUUGACAGCGGCUCCGUGAAUCAAACCAUUUCUCUCAAGCUCGCCCGACUCAUCAACGAGGAACUUGCCCGUGAUGAUAUCUCCGGCGUGGUUAUCACACACGGGACUGAUACUCUUGAGGAGACCGCCUUCUUCCUGGAUCUAACCAUCAACUCCACAAAGCCGGUUGUCGUCGUUGGGGCCAUGAGACCAGCUACAGCCCUGAGUGCGGAUGGUCCAUUGAAUUUAUAUCAAGCCGUUACCUUGGCAGCGUCUCCAAACGCCGUGGGUCGUGGUGCCAUGAUCUCUCUGAAUGACCGCAUCGGAAGCGCUUUCUACACGACCAAGAACAAUGCGAAUUCGCUAGAUACGUUCUUCAGCACCGAGGCCGGUCAGCUGGGCUUCUUCAUCAACCAGGUUCCAUACUUCUACUAUGAGCCCGCGGUACCGAUCGGCAAAACCCACUUCGACCUCAGUGGUGCAGACUCCCUCCCGCUUAUCGACAUCCUGUAUGCUCAUCAAGACAUGGAUCCCGAGCUAUUCAAUUCGACCGUUGAGCACGGAGCGAGUGGAAUUGUCUUGGCCGGGGUUGGCGCGGGAGGAAUGUCACGGGUAGCAGCGGCAGCUGCAGAGGCAGUUUAUAACGCAACUGCAAUCCCCAUGGUUGCUAGUCAUCGGUCGCCGGACGGCUUUGUACCGGCAGAUGAAGAUGCAUUCAUUGUUGCGAGCGGUUUCCUCAAUCCACAGAAGGCACGAAUUCUGCUGCAGUUAGCGAUACAGGCAGGGUAUGACAACGAUGAUAUCAAGAAUUUGUUUGCUCGUGGCUAUCCUAGUCCAUAA